CGCUUGCGGUUUCUUUUCGGUUUAGGCGGAUCGAUCCCCGGCUCUGACACAGCUCGUAGCAUCGUCGUUUCCUUCCUCUGCGAGUUUGAGUGAUUUCUUUCGUCUGAAAUUAGCACUCGAUUUUGAUUUUUCCUCGCCGGCGUUUUUCUUCCGUUUCUCGCGGAUUUAGUUUUUCGAUAUUGAAAAUUCUUGUUGUUUCGUUGCGAUUUCUCUUUCCGUUCUUAAUCUGAGUUUCGCGGACGUGAAGGUUUCUGGAACGAAUUGAAUUCUCUGAGUUUUAUCGUUUGUUGUGGCUGAAUUAGGGUUUAUUCGUAUUUUUCGGUUGUGUGUAUGUUGAGUAUAUGUGUCGCGUGGAGUGGGUAUGAAGCGGAGUUGAAUGGUGGAUGGAGAAAUCCUUCGACAUUGGCCGGUGUUCGUUUCCUUUUCGUGGAAGAAGAUAAUUAGGGCUUCGCAUUGUUUUUCUAUAGGAAAUUGGGUUUCAAUAUUCGUAACAAGAUGAUCAUCAAACGAACUAUGAAAUUCGAAACGCCGAAUCUUAAACGUUGCAAGCUCGAGGAUUCCGAUUCUGCGGAUUAUAUGUAUUCGGUGAAUUCUAAGAAACGGCGGACGGAUGGGUAUUAUUCUUAUGGCCUCCAACGCGAGGUUGAGGAUUUAAGUAUUGGUUCGGGUUCCUGGUACAACGGCGGAUUCUACUGGGGAGAUGAAUUUGAGCGAAAUCCGAAAAAAUUGAAUGGCCAGCGAGUAUUGAACCGCAGCGUCGAGAAACUACGACCCCCACUGUUGAAAUCAUCACGAGGACGAAUUCAGAUGUUGCCUUCGAGGUUCAGUGACUCGGUUCUUCAUGUAUGGAAGAACGAAGAUUCGAAGGUUGAUUUUACGGAUUCCAGCAUUGAAGAUAAUGACGACGAAGAAGAUGAAGAUGGUGUCUUAGCAGAAUCUAGAAUGAGAAAUAAGGGAUUGGCACUAUCGAAACAACAGCGGUGGAAAGAUAAUUACAGUUUGAAGAAUUCAGAGUGGGACUCAUCAGGUAAAAGUGAGGAGGAGAAAGAUAAUACUUUUAUGGGGUUCUCUAAUUUGAAUGGUUCAAGGCAUUUUAGUUCAAAAACUGUGUUGCCAUUGAAAAAAGAAGAGAAACCCACCAAGCUAACUUAUAUGGGAGCGAAGACAGAAACAAAUUCUGAAAGGAGGAAGGAUAUUUACAAGCCAGAGGAGUUUGUUCUGGGAGAUUUAGUUUGGGCGAAGUGUGGGAAAAGAUACCCUGCUUGGCCAGCGGUAGUUAUCGAUCCCUUGUUGCAAGCCCCUGCAGCGGUUCUAAAAUCUUGCAUCCCAGGUUCUAUAUGUGUAAUGUUUUUCGGAUACUCAAAAAAUGGAACUCAGAGGGACUAUGCAUGGGUGAAACAAGGGAUGAUAUACCCCUUUGCGGAGUUCUUGGAAAGAUUCAAGGGUCAGAAGCAGUUGCACAAGAGCAAGCCAAGUGAUUUCCAGAUGGCUAUCGAGGAGGCUUUAUUAGCAGAAGAUGGUUACGUGGAUGCUAGCGUGAGCAGUAUGUUAAUGUCUCUUCGAGAAGCAGAUGUCAGUGGGCUGCCUGAUGCUUCGACGUCAAACCAGGAUCUGGAAUACUAUUCCGAGAAGAAAGUAGUCAACAAAGGUUAUAGACAUUGUGAUGGAUGUGGCUUGUUAUCGCUUUGUAAAACGCUUAAGAAAGUAAAGGGCCCGCCUUCUCCAACACAACUUUUAUGCAAACAUUGCCAUAAGUUAAGACAAUCGAAGCAAUAUUGUGGCAUAUGCAAGAAAAUCUGGCACCAUUCUGAUGGUGGAAAUUGGGUGUGCUGUGAUGGUUGUAAUGUAUGGGUGCAUGCUGAGUGCGACAGAAUUUCAGGCAAGCUAUUUAAGGAUUUGGCACAUAGCGAAUAUUAUUGCCCUGAUUGCAAGGUCAAAUUCAAUCUUGAACCUCCGCAUGUUGAGAAUAAUCAAUCGAAAGUCAAUUCUGGGGACAAAGGUGCUGUGGCUUCUAUUCCAGAUAAGAUAAUAGUGGUGUGCAAUGGCAUGGAAGGAGCCUAUAUUCCUGAUUUACAUUUGGUUGUCUGUAAGUGCGGAUCUUGUGGGUCAAGAAAACAAAGACUUAGUGAAUGGGAAAAGCACACUGGAUGUAGAGCAAAGAAAUGGAAAUAUAGUGUUAAAGUGAAGGCUACAAUGUUACCUCUGGAACAAUGGAUUGCAGAGUUCAACACGAAUGGCAUAGAUUCCUCGAAGCCUUUGAAGUUGGAUAGUCAGCAGCUAAGCACCUUCUUACGUGAGGAUUAUGAGCCUGUCUAUGCAAAAUGGACGACAGAGAGGUGUGCUAUUUGUAGAUGGGUUGAAGAUUGGGAAGAAAACAAAAUUAUCAUCUGUAACAGAUGCCAAGUUGCUGUGCACCAGGAAUGCUAUGGGGCAAAAGAUAUUCACGAUUUUACGUCAUGGGUUUGCAGAGCUUGUGAAACACCAGAUGCCAACAGAGAGUGUUGCCUAUGUCCUGUGAAGGGAGGUGCUGUAAAGCCAACUGACGCUGAGGGACUCUGGGUUCAUGUCACGUGUGCUUGGUUUCGCCCUGAAGUUGUUUUCUUGAAUCAUGAGAAAAUGGAGCCUGCUGUUGGCAUCUUUAGAAUUCCAUCGAAUUCUUUUUUGAAGAGAUGUGUAAUCUGCAAGCAAAGUCACGGUUCCUGCACACAAUGCUGCAAAUGUGCUACUUAUUUUCAUACAAUGUGUGCUUCGAGAGCAGGGUACUCCAUGGAGUUGCAGUGCUCAGAGGAGAAAGGGAGACAAAUUACUAGAAAACUGAUAUAUUGUGCUAUUCAUAGAACACCAAACCCUGAUGCUGUUGUAGUGGUGCGUAGUCCUUCUGGGGUUUUUUCUGGCAGAAACUUGCUUCAAAAGCAGAAGGGAUGCUACAGGGGAUCAAGGCUAGUUACAUCAAAGAUAGAAGAAAUGUCAAAGUCAUCAGCCUCUGAAACUAAUGAGUUUGAACCAUAUUCUGCGGCAAGAUGUCGUGUUUAUGUUAGAUCAACAGAUAAGAGGGUUGAAGGGCAACCAAUAUUCCAUCGACUUAUGGGGCCGAGCCAUCAUUCAUUGGAUGAGAUUAUUAGCUUGAGCACACACAGAGAAGGAGCAGACCCCAAGUCGUUUUCCUCAUUCAAGGAACGACUUCAAUAUUUACAGAGAACUGAAAGGGAUCGGGUUUGUUUUGGUAAAUCUGGAAUUCAUGGAUGGGGCCUCUUUGCUCGGAGGAAUGUGCAAGAGGGAGAAAUGGUUGUUGAAUACCGUGGUGAGCAGGUGCGGCGCAGUGUAGCAGAUUUGAGGGAGGCUCGGUACCAAUUAGAAGGAAAAGAUUGCUAUCUUUUCAAGAUCAGCGAGGAAAUCGUAAUUGAUGCAACAGACAAAGGAAAUAUAGCACGGUUGAUCAAUCAUUCGUGCAUGCCGAACUGCUAUGCAAGGAUCAUGAGCGUCGGUGACAAUGAAAGCCGAAUCGUUCUGAUUGCCAAGACCAAUGUAGCAGCUGGAGAAGAACUAACGUACGAUUACUUAUUCGAUCCCGACGAACCCGAUGAACUCAAAGUGCCUUGCCACUGUAAAGCCCCCAAUUGCAGGAAAUUCAUGAACUAACUCUUAACUUGGUCUCAACUCAACUCGACACAAGUCUAAUUCUUUUGCUACAUCUCCUCUGCAACCUCUAUUGGAGAGCAGCUACAUUCUUUUUUCUCUUCAAAAGAAAGAAAUUUAAAGGCAGUUGUUUUGGUAUAAUAGUCAUUUUCCCCUUUCUACCCCCACCAUUUGUAUAGCAAUUUGUAGCGUAGGUGGAAUAAAAGUGUAAAUUCAAUCUGCGGCUCUUUCGAUGCUAUGCUUAGGCUUCUGAGGUGUUUUUUUAAAAAUUCCUUUCUCUAUAUAGUGUUUGUUUGUUGA